AUCAACAGAAGUUUCUCACCUACUCCAGCGAGGGACGCUCCGGCACCUCCUUCACACCUCCAGCUCGCCGCAGCAGGAGGGCCCCAGGCUACUUCCUCCACCUCCUCUCACGGCUCCCGCAAGCCAGGGGAAGGCUACUGAGAGCCCCUACCACCGCCGGCCGCCUUUUAUGUUGUGUGCAGGGAGAAAGAGGGCGAGGGACAACUUGGUGCCGGGAAACUGACCUCUGGCUUGGCGGGCCCCUGGGCAGGGAGGGCAGCAGAGGAGUGGCUGGGGCUGGGGGACUCCAUGCGGGGGCCAUGGACAGAGCGGCGCUCCUGGGACUGUCGCGCCUGUGCGCGCUGUGGGCAGCCCUGCUCGCGCUGUUCCCCUGCGGAGCCCAAGGAAAUUGGAUGUGGUUGGGCAUCGCCUCCUUUGGGGUUCCGGAGAAGCUGGGCUGCGCCAACUUGCCGCUGAACAGCCGCCAGAAGGAGCUGUGCAAGAGGAAACCGUACCUGCUGCCGAGCAUCGGAGAGGGCGCGCGGCUGGGCAUUCAGGAGUGCAGGAGCCAGUUCAGACACGAGAGAUGGAACUGCCUGGUCACCGCCGCCUCCCCGCCGGGCACCAGCCCCCUUUUUGGCUACGAGCUGAGCAGCGGCACCAAGGAAACAGCAUUUAUUUAUGCUGUGAUGGCUGCAGGCCUGGUGCAUUCUGUGACCAGGUCCUGCAGCGCAGGCAACAUGACUGAGUGUUCCUGCGACACCACCUUACAGAAUGGCGGCUCAGCCAGCGAAGGCUGGCACUGGGGGGGCUGCUCCGAUGACGUCCAGUAUGGCAUGUGGUUCAGCAGAAAGUUCCUAGAUUUCCCCAUCAGAAACACGACAGGAAAAGAAAGCCAAGUACUGUUAGCGAUGAACCUACACAACAACGAAGCUGGAAGGCAGGCCGUCGCCAAGCUGAUGUCGGUAGAUUGCCGCUGUCAUGGAGUUUCCGGCUCCUGCGCUGUGAAAACGUGCUGGAAAACCAUGUCCUCUUUCGAAAAGAUUGGCCAUUUGUUGAAGGAUAAAUAUGAAAACAGUGUCCAAAUCUCAGACAAAAUAAAGAGGAAAAUGCGCAGGAGAGACAAAGAUCAGAGGAAAAUACCGAUUCGCAAGGAGGACCUGCUCUACGUUAAUAAGUCUCCCAAUUACUGCGUAGAGGACAAGAAACUGGGGAUCCCGGGGACGCAAGGCAGAGAAUGCAACCGCACGUCAGAGGGCGCGGGUGGCUGCAACCUCCUUUGCUGUGGCCGAGGCUACAACACCCACGUGGUCAGGCACGUGGAGAGGUGCGAGUGCAAGUUUAUUUGGUGCUGCUACGUGCGCUGCAGGAGGUGCGAAAGCAUGACUGACGUCCACACUUGUAAGUAGCCCCUCCAUCCAGCCUUGUGCAGCACUCCGUAGCCCCAGAUGAGGGAGUGUCGCCCACAGGGGGGCCUCUCAGCGUGCAGGGCUGGCGAAGCUGACUCCUGCCUCAGAAGGCCCAGGCCCCUGCAACCCUCGCUGAGCUCCCUUUACCUGAUGGAUAUCCAGCCCCACACUGAGCAUGUGGAUUUUGGGGGGGAUGCCAGAGCUGACAAGGUUUGGGUUCAUCUUUUGCUGGUUUAGAAAUACAUAUUGACAUACCAGGAAGAUAAUCUGUCUCCUACAGAAGAAAGAACAGGAAGGAGCCUUCAUGCAGGGAGACCUGGUCCAUACUCAGGAUAAGAUCCUGGACUGUGGAACUCCGCCAUGGAACUCAAUAGUGGUGGGUGAAUAUUAGGCAUUUUACAAGACACGUCUUAACAGCAACAAGGAGCAGUAAACAUGAUCUCAUUUAUUCUCUCAGUAUUUUAGUUAGUGCAUAGAAACAGAUGCUGAAAAGUUAACAGAAGUGGUGGGUGCUUACUUACCCUUUCAUGCAGUUCAAAAGUAGGGCAAUUAAAAAUAAUUUUCAUAAGUGAUACUGUAUCCCUAAAAAGUGUUUGCUAGGGAUGUUUAGUGAUAAAAGGGAAGAAUCCAAACAUUUAAAAGUAAAAUGUGGGGUUUGGAUUUUAAGUGCCUUUUAACUAGAAGAAUUUAUCUAGAAAAAUCUCAGUCAGAUGUACAGCAGUCUUUUUAUCUUUGGCUUCAUUUUUUUUUUAAUUUAAAUUCAAGUUAGUUAACAUACAGUGUAGUUGGCUUCAUUGUCUAAUGGUAGACCAGUUUCUACUAUUAAAACCCCAGCUCGCAAAUAAUAGGGGAAGAGAGGGAUCUUAAAAGCAGGUGGGAAAAUUAAAGGUAAAAACAUAAAGGGCUCUCAUACAUUGUAAGGGAAAGCACCUUUUAAAUGUGUAAGACAGUAUUUUGUAUAGUAUUUUGCUAAAAAAAGUUAUAUAUUUUGUAAAUACAGUAUUUAAGUUAUAUGAUAUGUAUUAAAACUUAAGACAUUUAUUGCCGAAGCCCAAGAGCUAAGGCAAUAAAAUUAUCUCAGAAAUAAGAUUAGCUUCUGUUUCUUUUCAUACUAUUAACUCUUUGUUUAAACGUUGAAAAAGAAGUUAAUUGAGUAGUUAGUUAUAUGGAUGUGUUUUUCUUGUCAGAAUGACAGUUUUACAUGUUAUAGAUUAAAAUAUGCUGCAAAAUAUUGAGAAUUGUGUUAUUUCAGCAGAUUAGUUAAAUUCUGCUUUUAAUUAGUUAUGUUUAACUUGUAAGGUUAUUAUAAUAAAUUAUGCAGUAAAAGUGUUAACUGGGUAAAAGAAUCUAAAUCAAAACAAUGAUCAGUUUGUGGAUUUGAUGAUCCUGGAUAUUUAUUGUAUUGUAUGUAAUGCUGCAUUUCCAUGUGAAUGUGGAAUGGUCUUUCUAAGUUUAGUAUUCAUGCAUGUAUAUUCGUCAUAUUUUACAAGGUUCCUGGUAAAAAUUACAGGGCUAUAUUUAAGGUUGUGUUUAAAUGUAGACGCUUAUGUUUUUUAUGAAUAAACAUUUCAGUAUUAUAUAGGAAAAAAAUUCUAAAUUCAGAAAGGACAAAGAAAGAAUAUUCUUUUUCUUAUAAUAAGCUAAAGAAAUGUUUCCUUGCCCACAGGGCUCAUUCUAUUGCCUUUCCAUUUUAUUUACCAAGGCAGAGCAAUAAUUCGUGAAAAGGAGCAAACCCACGGAAAAUGUCUCAGGUCUGCCUAAUAUUAAAUUCAAGGCAAACAUUUAAUUGUGACCCUUGAAGUUUAGCAAAAAAUGUUAUUCUUUAUAAAUGAGAAACUCAGAAAUGACAAUUGAGUAAAUAUAGUACUUAUUUAAAAGAGUGGUUUAUCACUUUAGCACCCACUGAUUAGAAUAACCUGAGAGACACUUUCGUGUCUUUUUGUUUUGCACAGUAAAUCUUUGUCUGCAUUGAAAAUAAGCACUCUUUUUUUUUUUAAGAUAAAGAGUGGUUCCCAAUAACAACCAAUUUAUUCUAUUAACUAGAAAUCUUUUCGUAAUUACCUUACCAACCAAUUAGAAGAACCAGCCAGCCUCUAAUUGCCAGAUACCUGAUAACUCUUCAGCCACUGAAGACAGGGGUGCCGACUCAGACUCCUCUCUGGGCUGCCCGAGCAGGAACUCCUAAGACCCAAGCUGUGUCUCUGGCUGCUUCUUUUACUUCUCCUCCCUGGCAACACCACGGAAGCCAUCCUUGAAUUUCUCACCCGUGUUACUGAUGGACAGCCUGGCCUGGGCUCCUUUUCUUCCCACUCCCCAUCAGGGUUGAGGCAGCACCAUGGUGCUCUUGGGGAUACACGUUGUGGAGCCCAAAUGUUCCUAUCCAGUCUCGGCUAUUUUGCCUGCGUUAUUUAGGGCUCUUUAUGUUGCAAGUCACAGAAAACGCGACCCAGGAUGACAAACAUUAAAGGAAAUGUACUGACUCGGUAACUGAAAGUCCAGAGUUGUGACUGGUUCCGGGGAAGCUUGAUCAACAAGCUCCCAUGAUGCUCCCGUGGUUCAGGUCUUCCCAGCUCUAGCCGAAACAGGCUGGCUUCUGCAGUGUUCUCUACUUCAGGCCCCACACGGUGGGGUGACCCUCCCUGCCCCCCGCUCAGCCCCUAGUGGCUCCAGGCUCUCCUCUUUUCUUAGCAACAAGGCUGCCACCCUCCCCUCAGACCUUGCCCUCUCCUACCACUCAUUCUAAGGAAAGAGAGAGGUUCUUUUUUGGUUGCUCCCAUAGGAGAGAAGGAACACUUUGUUUUUUCCUUCUUCACAGAAUGCCCAGCAAAGGUCAUUCUGAGUCUCACUGGCUCCAGCUGGUUAAUGUGUCCAUCCCUGAACCAGUCAGAAUGGCCACUGGAAGUUGGGCUUAGGGGAUAAAUACACGGAUCAUCUUAAGGAAAUCAAGACCCACACUGGAACCUGGCGGUGGGGUCAAUUCUAACUAAACCCACAUAGCUUGAGAAUAGGGAAGGGGUGAAUCCAGAGGAAAACCAGGAUGUGAUGUUACCACCAAAGGGUACAUGGGUGCUGGACAGCACAGAUAUUCGAUGUCCUCAGCUCUAGAGAUGUGCUUGGAAACCAGCUUUCUGGCAGCACCUGGGUCAGGCCUACAGCUGUGCAAAGCGCUAUGGAUUGUGUACAGGAUACAAAGUGACUUCAUUUAUUUAAAUGCCCUUUAUGACCUUAAAAGCGUAGAAGGAGAAGGGAGGUGACCUGGUGUAUUAAUUUCACACUUAGGAGUUCGAUAUUUUGUAAAUUGGCAACUGCCUAAUAGAGACAGUGGUAAAAAGCAAUGAUGAUUGUCUGAAAAUGAUACCAAGAAAACAUAUCAAAUGGCAUUAUCUGUAACCACUGGAUAAAGAAGUUUGCUAAUUACAUUUCCGAGAAUAUUUUACAAAAAUUAAAAACACUUUAAUUUGACUAUAAACAACUGCAUUACUUCCUUAUUCACAAUCUGAAUGAUAGUUGUUUUUGUUUUUAAAGAAAUUAUGAUAGUUGUAUUUAGAAUAACGAUAGAAUUUAAUUAUAUAAGUUAGUGGCUAUGAGCCUGUUAGGUUUUUGCAGCUUUGUAAUCAUGUGACACCCACAGUAGGUAUUUUAGGGGCACACUUUAACUUUCUGAAGUACCGCCAGUACUGGUAGGUUAGGGUUUUUACUUAGUUUAAAAUGUGGAACCAGAAAAGCUUUCCAUCCAAAUAUUGAUUGAUAGGCAGCUGGAUGAGCUGAGGGUACUUGUCGCAUCACAUCCCAAAGGCCACCAAAGACUGCAGAGUCAAAUCAACCAUUUGGAGUCAGUUAGUGAUCCCCAGCACUGUAAUACACUAUAAUCCAGAAGAAAAAUUCGAAUCCUAUCUCCAGGAACCAUGAAUACUCCUCAGGACAAGUGCUUCUUAAGGAAAGUUGGCUGGGAAGCCUUGAAUUUUUUUUUUUUUUUAAUUUCAGCCUCACUAUAGACCAGAUGUGAUAAGUCAUAACAUUUCUUGGAGUAGGGUGAUGGGCUUAGCUGAGAAGGACAAACACAUGUAGCAUAGAGUGAAAGGGGGACACGGGGGGACACAAAGGACUCAUUUCCUUUGAAAUAGAAAAGAAUAGCAGACACUUAGAUGACGCUUACUCUAUACCAGGCGUUGUUUCCAGUAACUUCAUGUAUUCAUCAUCCGUGCCCUUUGCCACCAUGUAAUAUUGUGCUUCACGCAGCAUCAAAAUUGUCACACACUGAGUUUACAGUAUACCAUUUAAAGAGUUCUGGGCAUUUGUAAAUAUGGCGAAAAUUACAGGAUGUCCCUUCAGGGUUUGGCUGUAUAAACUUGGUUGGAGAACAGUAGUGAAGUGAUGCAAGAACUGAGAUCUUAGAAUUCACCAUGAAAUAGAAUUAAAGACACUGCCUCUUGAUUUCUAAGCUCGAAGUGAUUUAAACUGCCUGCUAUUUCAGAUCUCAGUGUGGUUAACAGUUGGAUUAUGCAGGAGCCUAACAAUCAUUCCAAAAGGAAAUGACUAGGGGUAAAGAUCAAACUAAUUUAGUGUGACAUUAAAUAAAUACUUACAUCCUUUUUAUUGUUGUGCUUACAGCCAAUUGUUACAUAAAGUGUCAUUUUUAAUAUAUGGAUGAAAUUUACUAUUAGUAAUGAUUUACAUUCAUAUCCAAAGCAAAACCACUAGAGGUGGUUUACAUGAUUAAAAAAAGUCUUGAAACAAAAUCAGGCUGGAAAAAGCAGCCUCUCCCACUUAUUGUAAAGGGAAAGUGAUAAUAAAUGUGGACCAAGUCAACACAAA